AUGACAGAUCUGUGGAUGUCUGAGUGUGUGGUAUACGACCGCACCAAAGACAUACAACGCCUCAUGGCCCAAACGUCCGAUCCCGAUUACCGCAACAUGCGCAAGAAGUUGGCCACACCAAAUUCGACCACUUUCAAUAAUUCGACAGGAGCGGCUUCAAAUCCCAAAAAUUCGUCCAUGCAUUCGAAUUCGCCAUCUCAGCCUGACAG